AUGCCGCUGUCCGCCGCGCGCCCGGCCUCCCGCCAGUCGUCCAUCGGCGUGGCCGUGCGCGUGCGCCCGUUCACCGCGGAGGAGGCCCGGCGACUCGAGGCCGAGCCGCGCACGCCCGUCUUCUCGGGCGCCGGUGGGCUCCUGGACACUGCGGCCAACCCCGCGGCCGGCCCCGGGCGGCCCGUGCCGGGCGCGCUCCGCAAGAUCGUCAGCGUGGUCGACGACCGCAUGCUCGUGUUCGACCCGCCCGAGCAGAGCGCGCUCGCGUCGAUGCAGCGGCGGGCGUUCCCGAACGCGGCGGUGCGCGGGCGGCUCCGCGACUGCCGCUUCGUGUUCGACCAGCUCUUCGACGAGUCCGCGUCGCAGCACGACGUGUACACGCGCACGACCAGGCCGCUCCUCGACAGCGUGCUCGACGGGUACAACGCCACGGUGUUUGCGUACGGCGCCACGGGCUGCGGCAAGACGCACACGAUCCUGGGCACCGCGGACGCGCCCGGCGUGGUGUUCUUGACCAUGGCCGAGCUCUACCGCAAGAUCGGGCUCCUCGCGGACACGCGGCACGUGGACGUGCAGGUGUCGUUCCUCGAGAUCUACAACGAGACGAUCCGCGACCUCCUCGCGCCGGCCACGCCGGCCAAGGCGCUCGUGUUGCGCGAGGACCUGGCGCAGCGCAUCGUGGUGGCCAAUCUCCUGACGCACCGGCCCGCGUGCGUGGCGGACGUGAUGCGCUUGCUCGCCGAGGGCAACCGCAACCGCACGCUGUCGCCCACGGAGGCCAACGCCGCGUCGUCGCGGUCGCACGCGGUGCUCCAGAUCCACGUGGCGCUGCGCGCCCGCACGGCCGCGUUGAGCGAGGAGCACACCCACGCCACGCUCUCGGUGAUCGACCUCGCGGGCAGCGAGCGGGCCGCGGCCACCAAGAACCGCGGGCCGCGCUUGAACGAGGGCGCCAACAUCAACAAGUCGCUCCUCGCGCUCGGCAACUGCAUCAACGCGUUGUGCGACCCGGGCCGCCGCAACCACGUGCCGUACCGCGACCUGAAGCUCACGCGGCUCCUCAAGUUCUCGUUGGGCGGCAACUGCAAGACCGUGAUGAUCGUGUGCGUGUCGCCGCUGUCGCAGCACUACGACGAGACCUGGAACACGCUCAAGUACGCGGACCGCGCCAAGCAGAUCAAGACCAAGCUCGUGCGCAACCGCCACAGCCUCGACCGCCACGUGGGCUCGUACCUCAAGAUGAUCACCGAGCAGAAGCUGGAGAUCGACGAGUUGCGCGCGCGCGAGGACGCGGUGGUGCAAGCUGCCGCCGAGCGGCUCGCGGCCCAGAACGCCGCGUGCCUCGACGCCCUCAUGGCCGCGGUGGCCAGCUUGCGUGCCACCGUGGACCGCCCGCACCACGACAAGUGGCGCCGCUACUUCCUGCUCGCCAAGCGCAAGUUCUUGCUCUUGCACCUCCAGGAGUUGCACCAGGUGCUCGCCCACGCACAGCACGGCGGCCCGGGCACGCGGUCGCACGCGGUGCGCCGCUUCGUGGUCCAGGCGGAGCAGCUCCACAACAAGCUCAGCGAGCAGGUGGUGCGCUUGGAGCGGUUCUACGACGCGCGCCAGCAGGUCGACGACAUACUCGAGGCGUCCGUGGCCCACGCGCUUGCGCGGUGCCAGGAGAUGGACGGCUGGGGCGCCGCUCACACCCGCGUAUUCCAGGACGCGGUGGACCUGCUCCGCCAGCGCUUGCAGCGCGACGUGCUCAUCAACUCGUCCGUGUUGUUCGACUACUUGGUGGGCCAGAUGGGCGACUUCUCGUAUCUGUCGCAGGUGCUCGGCCACACCAUCGACUCCUCGCAGCGGUACCGCGCCGGCGGCGGCGACGCGCGUGCGGAGGCCGCCGUGGACGAUGCGCUCGACAAGGCCACGGCGGUGCUCCAGCGGAUGAACGGCCUGGACUACGACUUGGCUUUGGAGGCCGCAGCGUCCCGCUUCAUCGAUGCCCGCGAAGACGCCGGCCUGCCCACGCCCGCCGCUGCGGGCUCGCCCCCUUUCAUGGUCCUGCCCGGCGGCUCGGUCCUCCCGAAGCGGCUGUCCACGUCGCCGCUCCGCAACUCGCCGGCCACCAAGCGCAGCUUGAGGCUGCGCCGGGCCAACUUCGCGCUGGAAUCCGGCCGCUCGGACUCAUCCUCGGGCGGGGUGCUCGCUGAAGACAGUGACAUCAGCAUGGACAACUCGGCGCUUCUCCCGAAAAGCGACCUCGAGGAGGACUCGCCCAUCUCGAACCGCGUCAACUCGUCGAUGCUUGACUUCGACGCGAUGGACUGCGCGUCCGUGCUUGACUCUCCGCCGGCAAAACGCGCUGACCGCGAGGCCCGGGGCCGGCCCGCUGGCUCGCCGCAGGGCGCCUUGGCUGAAUACAAACUCGCCCUUCCGGCGAACCCCGGCCCCACGCCCAAGCACCUGUUGCUAAAUAAGCAGGCCAGCACGAAAGUCGCCAGCGAGGCAUGCCCGGACGCCAACCCGGCCGGACCUGACCUGUGCCCUGACGCGAACAGCAGCAUGGUGGGCUCCGACUAG